AAGUGACGCCGCGCAGCGGGGUUCCGCGGCCUUUGGUGAUAUUCUCUUUGGCGUUGGGAUUAUAGAGUGACGGUGUCGGGGGGUGGUGGCGCGGCUGAGAUCUGGUUUCUCCCGGCCGCCUAUGUCCCAGCUGCUGCCCCCCGGGAGGGAGCCCAGGAGGGGCCCUGAGUCGUCCAGGCUGUUGUGCUGCUGAAGCCCGUAUCUAGUUUACCCAGUCUUCCAGACUGCAUGCUUCAUGCUUUGAGAUCGGGAGGACCUUGGUCUUCUGAAAUGAAGGCAGUGGGAAAAGCAGAACUUGUUGAUUCGGAAGUACGACCAAAGACUUCUGAAAAGCAAGAGACUGUUCCUGAUGAAGAUGGACCUAUAGUACUUGAGAUGCAGACUCAGAAAGACACCAUGCCCGCUGCAGCAGACUCUGUGGUGCUCUCUUCGAUGCCUUGCUUACUGAUGGAACUGAGGCGAGACUCCUUGGAGUCUCAACUAGCAUCUACGGAGAGUGAUAAGCCAACGAGUGGUCGAGUUUACGAGAGUGACUCUUCUAAUCAUUGCAUGCUUUCCCCUUCUUCCAGUGGGCAUUUGGCUGACUCAGAUACACUGUCUUCCACAGAAGAGAACGAACCCUGUCAAACUGAAGCUGCUGCAGAGAGAGACCCUUCUGCAGUACCUGAGGCUUCAGUUGGGAGGAAAUGCAGACGAUCCAGGUCUGAAAGUGAAAAUUCAACAAUGGCUGCCAAGAAAAACCGACAGUCUAGCGAUAAGCAGAAUGGUCGAGUUACCAAGGUAAAAGGUCAUAGAAGCCAAAAGCACAAAGAAAGAAUCCGGCUCUUAAGACAGAAACGGGAGGCAGCUGCUCGCAAGAAGUACAACCUGCUGCAGGACAGCAGUACCAGUGAUAGUGACCUGACAUGUGACUCGAGCACGAGUUCAUCAGAUGAUGAUGAAGAGGUUUCAGGGAGCAGCAAGACAAUCACUGCAGAGAUACCAGAUGGACUUCCAGUUGUAGCUCAUUAUGAUAUAUCAGAUACAAAUUCAGACCCAGAAGUGAUAAAUGUGGACAAUCUGUUGGCGGCUGCAGUAGUUCAAGAGCACAAAAUUUCUUUAGGAAACCAAGACUCAAGAUCUACCUGGAGAACCAGAGAACUGCUAGAUGACCUGAGUGCUGAAACAGGUCAUUUGGAUCCAGGUUUCCUUUCAAGUGACAAAACCUCUUCUGGUAAGGCCCAGAUCAAUGAAGAAAUUAAUAUUGCCUCUUCUGAUAGCGAAGUAGAGAUUGUUGGAGUUCAGGAACAUUCCAGGUGUGUGCAUCCCAGGGGAGGUGUGAUUCAAAAUGUGUCCUCCUGGAAGCAUGGCUCAGGAUCACAGUACAUUAAUGCUCAGCAAACACAAUCAUGGACAGCUGUGACUCCCCAACAGAAUUGGUCUUCACCCCUAGAAGUAGUAGACCUCACUUUGGAUGAGGAUACCAGACGUAAAUAUCUACUGUAGUGCAGUGUCAACAUGUUUCUGUCCCCACUCCUUCUCCCCUUUGUGGCACAGAAGUUCAUUGGUAAAGCUUCAGCUCCAGAAGCCCUGUUACUGGCAUUAUGAAACUCAAACUCAACAAGUUUUUCAUUUCCAUAAAAAUGUAGUAUAAUUUCAAUAUAAUUUAAAAUGGUUUUGCCUUCUCAAAGGAGUAUUCCUCCCAGAAUUAAAACCCAAUAGCACCAAAUUUAAAACACAUCUACAGUUACUGACAUGUGUGUGUUAAUCUGAAGAAAUAACUGUGUGAAAACUUAGGUCCUUCCACCCUUUCCCACCUCCACAUUCAGAACAUUUUUAAUUUAUCAGUAUAUUGAGUUUGUUUGUAGAAGUUAGUGUUUUGCUGUGUGAGCAUCAGUGAUUUUGAGAAAUGCUGUGUCCUCACUGAUUUCAGUGGAACUUGGGGUGUUCAACACUUCUGAAAAUUGGGCCAAGAGUAUUUAUACUCAAGCUGAUAUGGUUAUAUUACCAGCAGGAGGGACUGUCUUUAAUACAAACAGCCCAUAACAUAUGCACUAAACAGCUUUUAAAGGACUAUUUUUCAAUAUAAUUUAUAAUUUACACUCUUGUCAGUGCUGAGUCUUCUAUCUGCUUGACUACUGUUUCACUGAUAAUUUCCCACAGCUUGUGAUGGUUUAAAAUAGUAGUAGUGACCUCCUAGCAGCUGAGCAUUGCAAAAACACAAGAAGAAAAGUAAUAAAAAGGUCCAGCAUCCCUCUCCAUUUCAAGUAUAGCUGAACUUUUUCUUGUAUCCAAGUCUUGCCUGGAGUAGGAGAGAGAUUAUACCUUUUACUUGUAGUCCUUAUUUCUACUGUUGCUUAUUUUCUUUGUUGACCAUCUCAAAACAAAACAAAAAAAACCCCACCUUGCAAAGCUCCAGUCUGGCAAAGAACUUUAGCAACUGCAUUGCAUUCAGCUUGGGCAGUUUGCUGAAACUUGUGGGGCCAUUCAAGUGCUUGAAACUCUGUCCUAAAAGGUGUUGCAGGAUCAGGGCUUUAAGGUUGGGAUUUUUUUUUUUUUAAACUAGAUCUGCACCAUUUUCCUGGCUUUAGGUCAUGUCUCUUGUCCUAGUUUUGGAAUUGUUUUUAGGGUAUGAUCCAGGAAACACUUUCUACCGGAAUAUUUCCCACAAUCAAUGGAACUACUUACUUUUUUGGGAAGCUGUAGUUUCUGAAUUGUGUAUGGAAAUACCUGCGCUUCAUCCAUCAUUUUGAGCCUUUCUCAAGGCAAAAACCAAAGAUUAGACUUUAACAAGAUGAUACUCUAAAUGUCGAAUGUGCAAUUAAUAUGUUCUUUUGUAUUCAAAAUGUUUCUAGUGGGGGUUUUGUAUAGCUCUAUCAUCAGAUUUUUUUGCUAUUUGAGGCUGAACAGGGGGUAGUCAGGACAUGGGAAGUUCUGUUUUCUUUGUGUGUUUAGUUUAUAAAUUUAUUUGGCUUCCAAGAAUUUUAUCGGGGGGGGGGGGGUGUAGAAAUUACCUGUGUUGUCACAUAACUUAAAAGAAAACCAAAAUCCAACCCAACAGUGGUAUAGUAACAAAUAGCUUUUUCUUUAAUAAGCAGAGUGGUUAUGAACUGCACUUUAAAAAACUAGGUAAGAGAUUGAUAUUUCAAUGUUAAAUUUUCUUAAACAUCCAACAUAAGUGUAUUUCACAACCAGAAACAUGUACGUGGUGCUUGUAGUGAGGAAUUUCUUUGUCUGGGAGUGAGAAGGAGGGAGCGGUGUGGGUUGGAACCCGUCUGCAUUGCAAGUGCCCUGUGCUCUCAGGACACUAUCAGUAGUAGCUGUUGGUCUUUUCCUAUUUUAAAUUUGCAACUUGGCUGCCAUUGUAGUGGACUGGCACAUGCACUGCAAAGGUAGCUUUAGAACAGUGAUUGAGUGUGGCUGCUUUUUCCUGUUUCACAGAGUCUUUGCAAGAUCAGUUUUGAAGAAAGCUGCAGGGACCCAUUUGUCCUUCCCUGUUUGUAUAUGAUGUGACUUCCAUGUAUACAUAAAAAUGACUGCAUCCUAACCAAACUUCCUCCAAUUGUGCACUGUAUUUGUUUAAACAAUUAAUGUAUUGUAGUCUGAUGCAGGUUAUAAACACUAUAUAUUUUCUCCUCUUAACAAAUUUGAAAGGGUAGUGAUCUGAAAACCACAAGCACUGGAUAGCUAGGAAGUGGUUUUCUUCUGGGUUUUUUUGUUGUUUCUGUUUUCCUUUUGAUUGGAUUUUUUUUAUUAAAGAGAGCAAAAGGUGCAUAGAUGGUUUUGCUCUCCUCAGCAGGAAAGAGAAAUGUUAGUUGUUGUAUGGCGAAGAACCAAUGCUCUUGGGGCCUGAUCCAGAACCCACUGGAGCUGAUGGAGGGCUUUCCAUCAAUUUUGGUGUGCAUUGGCUCAAGUCCUUCAUGGUUUAGCAGUUCCUGAAUUGCUGGAGUGUGAACUUGGAAUCUUCUGUAGUGAAGAAAUAUCAUUGUUUUAGAACAUAAAUGUUUUAAUCGUGCAACUCUAGUUAAAAAAAUGGAUUCUUCUUGACAUUCAUUAUUUAGUUCUCAUUUUUCAUCUAGUAUGUAAUGGUCUUUGGAGAAAAAAAAAUAAUAAAACAGAGUGUUAUAUAUAUUUUUGGUGCAAGAUGAGACCUUCUGGUUUUUGAAACAAGUCUGUAGCAUAAAGGUUAAAC